AUGACAUAUGGGAAACAAUCUCCUCUGGAAAACCAUCGCAGCCAGACGAAGUACUUAUUAAUAUAUUAUCAUGCCGCGUUCUGCAGCUUAAAACGGCACACAGAUCUGAUCGGCCUUAAGCCCUCACUUGCAUGUAAAAUUUUGGACUCAAUGAUUUCACCAAUUUUAACCUACAACAGUGAAGUUUGGGGUGCUUUUGUUAAAUCAGAUUUUAAGUCCUGGGACAGUUCUGCAAGAAAACCCAUUUACAACUCUGUAAACGCUCUGACAUUGCAUGUAGAGCUGAACUCGGUAAAUUCCCCAAGAUCAUUGAUAUAA